AUGGCAGAGGUCCCUCAGAUUGAACUCUUUGUUAAGGCCAGUUUUGAUGCCGAAGGUGUGGGAAACUGUCCCUUCAGUCAGAGAAUCUUCAUGAUUCUUUGGUUAAAAGGGAUCAGCUUUAAAAUCACCACCGUGGACAUGACAAGGGCCCCUCCUGUGCUGAAAGCUUUGGCUCCAGGCUCUCAGCCGCCCUUCCUGCUCUGCAACGAUGAGGUCAAAACUGACACCAACAAGAUUGAGGAAUUCCUGGAGAAGACCUUAGCCCCACCACAGUAUCCAAAGUUGUGCUGUCAAUACAAAGAGUCCACCGGGGCAGGAGAGGACAUCUUUAGAAAAUUCUCCGCAUACAUAAAGAAUCCCAAUCCUGCUUUAAAUGAUAUGCUGGAGAAGAAAUUUCUUUCCACUCUUGUAAAGCUGAACCUUCACCUGGAGUCGCCUCUCCCUCAUGAGCUGGACAACAACCCGAAUGCUACUAUGUCCUCACGCCGAUUCUUGGACGGUGACUCCCUCACCUUGGCAGACUGCAACCUGCUGCCCAAACUCAACAUUGUCAAGGUUGUGUGUAAGCACUACCGUAACUUUGACAUCCCAACAGAGCUGAAAGGUCUCACACGUUACCUGGAAAACGCCUACAAACAAGAUGAGUUCCGUUACACCUGCCCACCAGACAAAGAGAUCAUUAAGGCGUACCACUCUGUGGCAGUGUACCUGAAUAAACAGCGCUAGAGAGGUAGAGAUGAUGCAGCAGCAUAUGUGAGAACAAAGAAAAAUCAAGUCAGAAAUGUGUGGACAGGUGACAAGAUGCCUAAACAACUGAACAUGAUUUAUGUUUUAUUAGUAUUGGAAAGGUCAGUCCUGAAAAAAAAACACGUCUGCAACAAUAGAUCUAUUAAUUAGCUUUCUGCAAAAUGUACUAUUUACAUGAAUUGGGUUUUAGUGUUUGCCAAGUGCUGCUUGAAAAGUUGCUUGGAUAAAUGUAUUUGUAUACACUGUAAAUACUGUCUUGUAUGCUCUGGUCAUUAUGAUUUGGAUUUCUUAUAAAACCCUGUAAGAAAAAGAAAGCACUGUAAAUCCAAGAUAAUAUUUAUGUUAUGUCUUAUCAAUCAUGCAUGUAUUGUGUGUAAGCCUUUUAAUA